GCCCCGUGGUGGCCCGCGGCUCGCGCAGGCGCGGCUUCAGGCCAGCAUGGCGGCUGUGCUGCUGCUGCUCCGCGCCCUUCGCCGGUGCCCUGGUCCGGGUCCUGGGCGGCUGUGGGGCCCAGGCCCGGCCUGGAGUCCAGGGUUCCCCGCGGGGCCCGGGAGGGGGCGGCCGUACGUGGCUAGCAGGCCUCCGUGGGGCCUCCCUGAGGCUGGAGGCCAAGCCGUACAGAGCUUACAGUUGCGACUGCUAACCCCUACCUUUGAAGGGAUCAAUGGACUUUUAUUGAAACAACAUUUACUUCAGAAUCCGAUCAGACUCUGGCACCUUUUAGGUGGUACUUACUAUUUUAGCACCUCAAGGAUGAAGCAGAAGAAUAAGAAGUCAGAGGGGAAGACACCUCAAGAGGACGAAGAGGACAGGAGACGCCGGGAGCGAGAGGACCAGAUGUACCGAGAGCGGCUUCGUACCUUGCUGGUCAUCGCGGUUAUCAUGAGCCUCCUGAACGCCCUCAGCACCAGCGGGGGCAGCAUUUCCUGGAACGACUUUGUCCACGAGAUGCUGGCGAAGGGCGAGGUGCAGCGCGUCCAGGUGGUGCCUGAGAGCGACGUGGUGGAAGUCUACCUGCACCCUGGAGCGGUGGUGUUUGGGCGCCCUCGGCUAGCCUUGAUGUACCGAAUGCAGGUUGCAAAUAUCGACAGGUUUGAAGAGAAGCUUCGAGCAGCUGAAGAUGAGCUGAACAUCGAGGGCAAGGAUAGGAUUCCGGUUACCUACAAGCGAACGGGAUUCUUUGGAAAUGCCCUGUACGCCCUGGGGAUGACAGCGGUGGGUCUGGCCAUCCUGUGGUACGCUUUCCGCCUGGCCGGAAUGACCGGAAGGGAAGGUGGAUUCAGUGCUUUUAAUCAGCUUAAAAUGGCUCGUUUCACGAUUGUGGAUGGGAAGAUGGGGAAAGGGGUCAGCUUCAAAGACGUGGCAGGAAUGCACGAAGCCAAGCUGGAAGUGCGAGAGUUUGUGGAUUAUCUGAAGAGCCCGGAGCGCUUCCUCCAGCUUGGCGCCAAGGUCCCGAAGGGUGCGCUGCUGCUCGGCCCCCCUGGCUGUGGGAAGACCCUGCUGGCCAAGGCGGUAGCCACAGAGGCCCAGGUGCCAUUCUUGGCAAUGGCCGGCCCGGAGUUCGUGGAGGUCAUUGGAGGCCUUGGUGCUGCCCGUGUGCGGAGCCUCUUCAAGGAAGCCCGAGCCCGGGCUCCCUGCAUCGUCUACAUCGACGAGAUCGACGCGGUGGGCAAGAAGCGCUCCACCACCAUGUCCGGCUUCUCCAACACCGAGGAGGAGCAGACGCUAAACCAGCUUCUUGUGGAAAUGGAUGGAAUGGGAACCACAGACCAUGUUAUCGUCCUGGCGUCCACGAACCGAGCCGACAUUUUGGAUGGUGCUCUGAUGAGGCCAGGCCGACUGGACCGGCACGUCUUCAUCGAUCUUCCCACGCUGCAGGAGAGGCGGGAGAUUUUUGAGCAGCACCUGAAGAGCCUGAAGUUGACCCAGGCCAGCACCUUUUACUCCCAGCGUCUGGCAGAGCUGACGCCAGGAUUCAGUGGGGCUGACAUCGCCAACAUCUGCAAUGAGGCUGCGCUACACGCAGCUCGGGAGGGACACACGUCCGUGCACACGCUCAGCUUCGAGUACGCCGUGGAGCGCGUCCUUGCAGGUUAUGCCUGCCUGACCAUCACUCUGGUGCUGGAAGCCUGCCCUGUGUCCCCCGCGUCCCCGAGAAAACCCAGCCUGGGCAGCCCCUGGUUCUUCCUUGUGGCAGGUACAAAUUCAGUCCCCACUGCAAUGGGAAACAGGUUCAAAGACUUACUAGUCGCAGAUCCUGGGCAGGGAGGGCACCAGGAGUGGGGACAGCCAUCGUCCAUCCCCAGAUCCCACGAGGCAGAAGUGAAGGUUUGGGCAGAGAGAAGAGGGUGUGGCAAUGAGCCGUUUGCACAGGGAGUGGGGAGCGGUCAGCGCAGGUUCACGGGCAAAUGCCUGAAUGGUCUGAUGAAAGGAAGUGCAGGGAGCAUGGGGGCCCAGGCUCCCAGCGGGAGAGACGCCUCUGAGUGCUCAUCUCUGGUAGGUGGCAUGGGCGUCUCGCAUGGUGUCCUUCUGGUGCCCAGGCUGCAGGCUCGGCUGUGCUGUCCGUCAGACUGGGCUCUUCCCCUUCUGUUGUCAGCCUGCCAGCGCUCACCCAUUCUAGAAACGUUGAUUUCCAGUAAAGCCGGCCUCUAAGUCCUGUGGUCUUGUGGCUUUGUGCAUAGUCCUGUAGCCAGCUGCAGUUGAAGUAACUCAUCGGCUACAGUGAAGUGCUGGUGGAAGGUCCCAGUAGCAUGGUACUGAGUGCUCAGGACCAUGAGCGGAAUCAAGUUGCACAGAAUGGAAACUUACAGAUAUGAAGCCUCACCAGCGAGCUGAACAGGGGAAAUUUAAUGCAAACAUUUGUCCCUAGCUGGCCUGUAAUCCCAGCACUUUGGGGCUGAGGCAGGAGGAUUGCUUGAGGCCAGGAGUUCGAGACCAGCCUGGGCAACAUAGCAAGACCCCAAGACCCCAUCUCUUAAAAAAAGGAACAUUGCCAGGCAUGGUGGUGAAGCACACCUCUGGUCCCAGCUACUCAGGAGGCUGGGGUGAGAGAAUUGCUUGAACCCAGGAGGUUCAAGUGACAGUGAGCCAUGAUUGUACCAUUGCACUCUAGCCUUUUUUUUUUUUUUUUUUUUUUUUUUUUAAGAAACAGCAACAACGCUGUCUCUUAAAAAGCCUUGUCCCUGAGGCAAAAGGCCACCGAAGGGAUGAGUGAAAGCCGUAAAGAGCCAUAAGUAACAGGCAAGAGCUGCCCCGCCAGGUCUGAGGGGAGAGGGAGAGUAAGCAGGAGGCCCGUAACUCGGAGGAGACCUCUGCCCAUCCUGCCAGGGAGAAAGUCAGAAGCUGCUGUCUGUGACCCCUGCCCUGGCCCUCCGGGUCCCUCAACCCUGGGGCAGGAGGAGAGGCUCUUCAGGAGGGUUGUGCUGGCUCCUAAAAGCAGCAGCAGCAGCAAUUUCGAUGAUGGUGACGUUUAUGGAAGAAGAAAUCACGACGUCCUUCCACAAUUUCGAUGAUGGUGACGUUUAUGGAAGAAGAAAUCACGACGUCCUUCCACAAUUUCGAUGAUGGCGACGUUUAUGGAAGAAGAAAUCACGACGUCCUUCCACAAUUUCGAUGAUGGUGACGUUUAUGGAAGAAGAAAUCACGACCUCCUGCCACAGCUUUCACCUGAAGAGCGUCCCUUUGAGUCGGGGCGUCCGAAGCAACGACUGCAGUGAAUUUGGGGCAGAGCUACAGGAGACAGACCUGCAGAGGGGGUCUUGCUUUGACUCCACGGGGCAGGGGCAGGAGCAGGGCCUGGCGGGGGAGAGGGCCAGGCCUCAGCUCACACCCA